CUCAAUAGCGUCAGACUUCCCAGUGACUCACUGACUUGCGCUCGCAUUUACAAGUCGAAGUUUUGAGUGCAAAAGACAGUGGGUCCGAAGUGACGCAAACCGAUCUAUCUAUUUCACGGCACUUUUGAUAAAUAUUUUUGUUCUGUUUCCAUAACAAAACGCACAAAGGGAUAAUUCUCUGUUGAUGAAGUCCCACCGCGUGUGGGACGUAGAAAGUGUUGAGGCGCACCUUGAUAUUACUUCAGUGGCCAGAAGUGAAAGACAUUGAUUUUCCUUUCCCCAGCAUUUGCAGCCUGUGCUGGGUUGGUGGAACAUGGGCACGCGGAUCCACAAGGUCUCUGGACUUAUCGUCUCGUUGAUAUUUACCUGUCAUCUAGUGAAUGUGGCUCAGAGCUCCAAGGUGUGGGGAGAAGUGCCGCUGCCCGAGGACCUGGAUUCAUCGAGGACUGUUGUCCAAAGAUCUCAGCGCUUCCUGGACGAUGACGAGGACUUCGCUGCCGAUGAAGCAUCAGGAGAUCUGCCCAGUGGAGAGGAGGAUGGAAGCACGCCAGAACCCACGGUGGUGACUGAGAUCAGCACAACGUACUACAGAGCUCUGGUGAACUUUACAGACUCCAUCGUGUACAGGCCUGACAUGGAGGACAUCUACUCGCUGUCUUUCCAGGAGAUUUCGGAUGCGGUGGUGGACACGUUGGAGUCAGAGUACAACAAGAUCUCAGGCAUCCAGACUGUAAAUGUGGUCCUCAUCAAGAAGAUGCCCAGGCAGAAUGGAGUGGAUGUGUUUGUAGAGCUUGAUGUGGGCUCUGACUACAACAACAACGAAAAUCAGAUCCGCAACAUGUUGUAUGGAGUGGUGAAGGAGGGAACCAUCGCCUCCUACAUCACCUCUGUUCAGGGAUUCCAGUUCAGACGCCUGGGAGAAGUGAUCCCCAACCCUCUGCCCUGCAUGAAGGAUGAGCACACGUGUCAGGAUGGGGGUUGUAUCCCUCUGGAGUACCUGUGUGACAACAGACCUGAUUGCAAUGACAUGAGUGAUGAGCUGGAUUGUGAUCAGAUUCAGCCUGGACCAGUGACCCCCACCCCCACCCCUCCCACCACCACCCCCAUCAAGAAGUCCACACGCCCCCUUGGCCCCCUAGGGCCCUGCAAAGUGGACCAGGCCACCUGCCAGAAUGGGGAAUGUGUCCCCAGAGACUACCUGUGCGAUGGAGAGAGGGACUGCUCUGAUGGCAGCGACGAGUUCAGAUGUGGCACUCCCUCUCCCUGUGAACCCAAUGAGUUCAAGUGUAAGAACGGCCGCUGUGCUCUCAAGCUGUGGCGCUGUGAUGGAGACAACGACUGCGAGGACAACUCAGACGAGACCGACUGCCCCACCAGAGGUCCAGGUGACACGUGUGCCCCAGAGCAGUUUGUGUGCCUCAGUGACCGCACCUGCAUCCCAUCUAGCUACCAGUGUGAUGAGGAGCCCGACUGCCCUGACCGCUCGGAUGAGGUCGGCUGCACUCCUCCCACAGUGACCAGUCCCCCGGAGGAAUCUAUUGAGGCGGAGCGGGGGGAGACGGUGACUUUCAACUGUGUGGCAGUUGGUGUUCCCACCCCCAUCAUCACCUGGAGGCUCAACUGGGGCCAUAUCCCCAUCAGUGGCAGGAUCUCAAUGACCAGUGAGAAUGGGCGUGGCAGCCUGACCAUCCGUGACGUAAAGGAGGCGGACCAGGGGGCGUACACCUGUGAGGCCAUCAACGCCAAAGGCCUUGUGUUUGGUAUCCCUGACGGGGUGCUCAGCCUCACACAGAAACCAGGAAACUGUCCCGACGGUCACUUCAGUGUGGAGGGACGUUGUAUCUCCUGCUUCUGCUUCGGCAUCACCAAGAACUGUGGGAACACUGGACGCUACCGAAACCAGAUCAAUCUGCGCUUCACUGACGAGGACGACUUCAAAGGAGUGAACGUGACUUACCCCUCUCGGCCGGGCACCCCUCCUCUCUCCUCCACUCAGCUCCUCAUCAACCCAGAGGAAGAGGAGUUCCAGCUAGUCGACCUAUCACGGCGCUUCCUCAUCCUUGAUUCAUUUUGGACGCUGCCACGCCAGUUCCUGGGAAACAAGAUUGACUCCUAUGGAGGGUCCCUGAAGUACAAGGUGCGCUACACGCUGGCCCGUGGCGAGACUGAGCCUGAGGAGAAACCAGACGUGGUCCUGACCGGGAACGGUCAGAGACUGGUUUACCGCAGGGGCAACCCCACCCCCUCCAGAGAGGUCAACCAGAAGGAGAUAAAGUUUACUGAGGACAACUGGCAGCACUCGUCGGGUCGCCAGGUGUCCCGUGAGGACCUGAUGAUGACGCUGGCCAGCCUGGAGAGCAUUAGCAUCCGCACCGUCUACGACAACCACAUGGUGAGCGUGGCGCUCAGCGACAUCGUCAUGGACACCACCACUGUGGAGUACAACAUCCAUGACAAUGCCAAAGAUGUGGAGGAGUGCAGGUGUCCCCCUGGCUACUCAGGACUGUCCUGUGAACAGUGCUCCACUGGCUUUGAGCGUGUGUCUGGGGGGAACUUCCUGGGAUCCUGUGCUGGAUGUAACUGUAACGGACACGCUAGCGCCUGCGACCCCAUCAGUGGACAAUGUCUGAGCUGUCAGCACAACACUGAAGGUCCUCAGUGUGACAAGUGCAGACCAGGCUACUUCGGUGACCCCAGGCGAGGUCGCCCCGAUGACUGCAAGCCCUGUCCCUGCCCAUACACUGAGACAUCCCGCAGGUUCUCCGACACCUGUUUCCUGGACCAUGACUCCCAGGCCACGUGCGACGCCUGCGCGCCAGGCUAUACCGGCCGUCGCUGUGAAAAGUGUGCAUCUGGGUAUCAGGGUAACCCAUUGCAGCCCAAUGGCAAAUGUUUUACAACCCCAAACUCAAAGUGUGAUAUUCGAGGAACAGUGAAUUCCAACAGCAGACCAUGCGCCUGCAAGUCCAACGUGGCGGGGUCGCAGUGUGACGAGUGUAAGAGCGGCUCCUUCCACCUGACGGAGGACAACCCAGAGGGCUGUCUGCAGUGCUUCUGUAUGGGCGUCACCAAGCAGUGUGUCAGCUCUACGUGGAGCCGAGACCAGGUCCGUGGCGGUGUGAAUGGUCAGCUCUUCUCCCUCUCCAACGGAGCCAAUACCAGAACCAUCACAGACGGCAUCGCUCAGAGAGGCUCCUCGGAGGUGGCGUACCGCUCCUUCUCUGACAUCCCCAAGGACAUCUACUACUGGGUCCUACCAGACAGCUUCAGAGGAGACAAGGUGACAGCCUACGGCGGGGAGCUGCGCUACACUGUGCACUACGAGCCCCGGCAACGCUCCCUGGUGAUUGACAGACAGCCAGACGUGGUUCUCCAAGGCAACGGCAUCUUCCUGGAACACUUCUCCCAGAUUAAGCCCCUCCCCCCCGCCACUGUCACUGUCACCUUCAGAGAAUCUGCAUGGAGGCGUGCUGAUGGACAGCCCUGCACACGUGAACACCUCCUCAUGGCCUUAGCUGAUACUACAGUCUUCAUGAUCAGAGCCACCUACGCUGUCAACAUGGUUGAGUCCAGUCUCUCAGACAUCCGGAUGGACAUUGCAGUGCCACAUUCCACAGGCAACGAACGGGCCCUGGAAGUGGAGGAGUGUGCCUGUCCCCAGGGCUACAAUGGUCCAUCAUGUCAGGAGUGUGAUGUGGGCUACACCCGUACAGGCUCUGGGCUCUACCUGGGUACCUGUGAGAGGUGCGACUGUAACGGCCACGCCAGCGGCUGUGACCUGGAGACAGGCGCGUGCUUGCAAUGCCUUCACAACACGGCCGGCCCAAGGUGUGAGCGCUGUUUGCCAGGUUUCUACGGCAACCCUAUGACGGACGGACCUCAGGCUUGUCAGCCCUGCCCCUGCCCUGGCACUUCCCCCAGCAACCAGUAUUCUCUGUCUUGCUACAAGGAUGCGGACGGUCAGCCGACAUGUGAUAACUGUCCACCUGGCUCCACCGGCCGGCGCUGCGAAAGAUGUGCUGCUGGGUACACAGGCAACCCCCAGCUUGGACAAACGUGUAUUGUUGGCAACAAUGAUCUGAAUGGUAACUGCUACGACUGUGAUCAGAGAGGAAGUGAAGGAUGCAAUGGAAAUGGUGUGUGUCGCUGCAAGAUGAACGUUGAGGGCCCUGAUUGCUCAAACUGUAAGCAGGGAACCUUCCACCUCAGCACAGACAACAAAGAUGGCUGCCUAUCCUGCUUCUGCAUGGGAGUCACUCAACAGUGCUCCAGCUCCUCCCACGACAGAGACCAGGUGUCAUCCGUCUUUACCCCAGGCAACUUCCAGGGCUUUGCUUUGGUCAACCGGCAGCUCACCAACCGUAUCUCCACCGGAUUCACCGUGGAGGUGUCGACUGACGGCACCCAGCUCUCCUACAGCAACUUUGACUACCUGGGCCAGGAGCCCCACUAUUGGCAGCUGCCCGAGGCUUUCCAAGGGGAUAAGGUGAACUCGUAUGGUGGGAAGCUGAAGUAUACCAUCUCCUAUGUAGCCGGCCAGAGAGGAACAGCCAUCGAAGACGCUGAUGUUCAGAUUAUUGGAAAUGACAUCACCCUGGUGGCUCGCCAGCUCUGGCAGAGGGGAAAGGGGACAAGAGAGUCCCGCCAGUUUGAGCUCGUCUUUAGAGAGGAGAACUGGCGUCGCCCCGACGGCAUGCCUGCCACUAGGGAGCACCUGAUGAUGGUGCUGGCUGACCUGGAUGACAUCCUGGUGCGGGCCUCCUACUACACAGAGAUGAGGUCCUCCAGCAUCUCCGAGGUCAGCAUGGAGGUGGCCGUGCCCAACUACAGUGGCCUGGCUCAGGCUCUAGAAGUGGAGCAGUGCCGCUGCCCGCCCGCCUACCAGGGACUCUCCUGUCAGGACUGUGCCCCUGGCUACACUCGUACCGGAGGGGGCCUGUACCUGGGCCACUGUGAGCUGUGUGAGUGCAACGGGCACUCUGACUCCUGCCACCCCGAGAAUGGCAUCUGCACGAGCUGUCUGCACAACACCCAGGGAGAGCUGUGUGAGCAGUGUGCCCCAGGUUUCUAUGGGGAUCCCACCGCUGGAACCCCAGAGGACUGCCAGCCCUGUGCCUGCCCUCACACCGACCCUGACAACCAGUUCUCCCCCACCUGUGAGAGCCUUGGUAACGGUGGUUAUCAGUGUACUGCUUGCCAGCCUGGAUACACUGGCCAGUACUGUGAGCGCUGUGCAACUGGAUACGUUGGAAAUCCACAAGACAGGAUUAAGUGUCGUCCAUUCAAUACAGCGGCAGCCUCCCUGGUGGUGAAAGUGUACCCUGAGAGGGUUUUGGUGGCCCAGGGUAGCCCAGUGACCCUGCGGUGCCAGGUGACCGGCCCUCCACCCCACUACUACUACUGGUCCAGGGAGGAUGGACGCCCCAUGACCAACAGCGCCGUCAGACAAAGACAAGGAGAGGAGCUGCAUAUCCCCAGUGUUCAGCCCAGUGACACAGGCAUGUAUGUCUGUACCUGCAGAGACCAACGCAACACCAACAGGAGCCGCGCUGAGAUUGUCGUCACAAGUAAUUCUGUCUCGUACAAACCCAUUCAGGUGACCAUCGAGGAGCCCAAAGCACGGAGUGUCACAGUUGGCGCAACAGUCAGCUUCAUCUGCACAGCCAAGAGCCAGUCUCCAGCCUACACCCUGGUGUGGACUCGGCGGGGUAACGGCAAGCUGCCCAACAGAGCCAUGGACUUCAACGGCAUCCUGACCAUCCAGAACGUCCAGCCUGAGGACGCUGGCAUCUACGUGUGUACAGGCUCCAAUAUGUUUGCCAUGGACGAGGGUACAGCCGUCCUCUACGUGCCAGAGGCCUCACAGACUCAGAUGUUUUACACGACCUAUGAAAUGUUGGAAGGACAUGGAAAGCCUCGCGAGGCGGCCCAGCCAGUGGCUACUGUCACUCCCUCUGUCCUGACCAUCCAGCAAGGAGGCCAUGCUGAGUUCCACUGUACUGUGACUGGCAACCCUACCCCUGCCAUCAAAUGGAUAGGUCCCAGUAAUAGGAUGAGCCCCAAUGCUGUGGUCCGUGGAGGGGUCCUGACCAUCCCUGCUGUGGAGAGGGAGAAUGGGGGGGAGUACGUCUGCAAGGCCCUCAACACCCACGGAGAACACACAUCACGGGCUGUCCUCCACGUCAGUGGUUCCCAAACUGUGGGUCACAGCAGGGGUCCAGCUUCAGGUGCCAGCCUGCCCCACGUGCAGGUGAGCCCCCAGAGGGCGGACAUCUAUGAGGGUGAGACUCUGAGGCUGUACUGCAGGGCUGGAGGCAGGCCCAGCCCCGGACUCACCUGGAAGAAACAGGAAGGACAACUCCCCCCGCAGGCCAUUCCUUCUCACGGUUUCCAACAGUUUAAAAGCAACAGUCUCGAUGUGUUACAGAGACGUAUUGAGGAGCUGCAGGCCAGUAUGGAGCGCACAGAUAUUGGCACCCUGCUAAUCCCUAACAUCAAGUCGUCUGACUCUGGCACCUACUUGUGUGUGGGCACCAACUCCAUCGGAUCCUCAGAGGCUCGCAUCGAGGUCACCGUCAAUAGAGCAAUAGGAGGAGACACCAUCUCGUCAGCCAUCACCAUCCAGCCCUCCAUAGCUGACGUCCAGGAGGGACAGAGCCUGGACCUCAACUGUUUUGUCCCUGGUAACCCCCCACCUGCUGUCACCUGGAGCAGGGAAAGUGGACGCCUGUCCGCCAAUCACCAGGUUCUGGGCACCAAGCUGCGUAUCCUCUCUGCCGGUCCAGAUGACUCUGGGAAGUAUAUCUGUCUUGUGGAGGGAGGGCCUGGUACUCCUGUCCGUCAGGCCUCAGUCUCUGUCUCAGUCACUGCCACCUCCUCUCGUCUGCAGACCCCCAUCAUCUCCAUUGAGCCCCAAAGUGCAGCGUUGCGACAGGGAGAGUCAGCCAGCUUCAAGUGCAGAGUCUACGGUGGAGCAGAGCCCAUACGGCUGGAGUGGAAACUGUCCAACAACCAGCCCCUUCCUGACAAUGUGAAGGUUGGCCAUUACGGCACUGUCCUCACCAUCGCUGACGCCCGCCCUAGCAACCAGGGCACCUACAACUGUGUGGCUACCAACCUGUUUGGAAUCACCCAGAGUAUCGUCUCUCUGAUCAUCAGAGAGUCUCCUGUAGCGACCGUCACCCCUCAGGGGCCCGUGCGAGUCAGGAUGGGUGAACCCAUUAACCUGGAGUGCCAGGCUUCCGGGGAGCCACGCCCAUCUGUCACAUGGCACAGACUGGACAGCGCCCGCAACACCAUGCUUAGCAGCCCUGUGCCCAUGGAGUCAAACGCCGUCAUGCAGGUCCUAGUGGCCCGUCCAGAGGACAGUGGUACCUACGUGUGCACAGCCCACAACGACGAGGGCACCACAGAGACCAGGGUGGAGGUGAUGGUGGAGGGGGCUGCCCAGGUGCCCGUCACGCCCCGUGCCUCUGUGCCCGAUCCCCUCAUGGUGGUGGUGGAGGGACAGAGCACCACACUGAGAUGUGACGCUCACGGCUUCCCUGUCCCUAAGAUCACGUGGUCUAAGCUGCGUGCCCCUCUCCCCUGGAGACAUAAGGUAGUGGACAACACGCUGAUCCUGCCCAAUGUUGGCCGGGCAGACUCUGGAGAGUACAUCUGCAAUGCCACCAACAGCAUGGGCACCACCGAAGUCACCAUCAUGCUGGACGUUGAGACCCCUCCCUAUGCCACCUCCCUGCCCGACGACGUGGCAGUGCGUGUGGGCGAGGUGAUCCGGCUGCAGUGCCUGGCCCAUGGUACUCCCCCCCUGCUCUUCCAGUGGACCAAGCUGAAUGGCAGCCUGUCCACCAGGGCUGACGUCCAAGGAGGAGACCUCCAGAUUAACCUAGCCACACCCGAGGACGCUGGCACCUACAAGUGUGUCGCCACCAACAAAGUGGGCACCAGUGAAGCACAUGCCACAGUCACUGUCAGGUCCCCCCUGGCAGUGCGUGUGUCUCCUCAGGUGGAGGUAAAGGCCCGGGGUAGUGCUGUAGAGUUUACCUGCUCUGCUGCAGGAGGCCUGGGGACCACCAUGGAGUGGCUGAAGGAGGGAGGAGCCCUGCCCCCCAACCAUCACAUCAAAGAUGGGGUGCUGAGGAUUGAGAACCUGGAGCAGCGCAAUGAGGGCAUCUACAUCUGCAGAGCCACCAGUGUUCACGGCCAGGCCCAGGACUCCGCCAAGCUUACCAUCCAAGCCCUGCCCAAGGUGAUGAUCAACGUACGUACCGCUGUGCAGACAGUGAUGGUGGGUAACUCCGUGGAGUUUGAGUGCCAGGCAAUCGGUGAGCCCCAGCCCACGGUGCGCUGGAGCAGGGUGGGAGGGCCCCUGCCGGCACACAUCAUGGUGAAGGGAGGCAUGCUGAAGAUCGAGCAGGUGUCUGAUGCUGACGCAGGACAGUACCGCUGCACUGCCACCAACAACGUGGGCUCUGUGCAGUCUCAGGUGGUCCUACAUGUCCAGUCCCUACCCCAGAUCGCAGCUCUGCCAGAGCUGAACGAAGUGACAGUGGGAUCAGAUGCUGUCCUGCCCUGUGUGGCAUCAGGAUACCCAGUGCCUGCCAUCAAAUGGUCCAAGCUGGAUGGGGAACUCCCUCCUAAGUGUAGACAGGUAGUCAACACCUUGACGGUUCCCGAAGUGACCCACGAGGAUUCUGGCAUCUACGUGUGCACUGCCUCCAACAAGCAGGGCAAAGUGGAGGCCUUAACGACCCUCAAAGUCCAUGAUCGAGUGAUGCCCUAUUUCACCCAGGAGCCCCUGUCCCAUCUCACUCUGCCCACCAUCAAGAACGCCUACAAGUCCUUCAGCAUCAAGAUCAGCUUCAGGCCAGACAAUCCUGAUGGUCUCAUCCUCUAUGCGGGUAUGAUCAUCUACAAUGGACAGAAGAGGACCAUGGGAGCAGACUUCAUCUCUCUGGGGCUGGUGGGAGGCAGGCCUGAGUUCAGGUUUGACGUGGGUUCUGGCAUGGCCACCAUCCGCUACCCCACCCCCAUCAAACUGGGAGAGUUCCACACCAUAGAGCUCUACCGCAACCAAACCCAGGGCUCCAUCAUAGUGGACAGGGAGGCCCCCGUCAAUGGGAGCUCACAGGGAAAGUUCCAGGGACUGGAUCUAAAUGAGGAGUUGUAUGUGGGUGGUUACCCCAACUACACCCUCUUGGCCAAGACAGCUGGCCUCAAGACCGGCUUUGUCGGGUGCAUCCGUAAGCUGGUCAUCCAAGGUGAUGAGAUCAUCUUCAAGGAUCUGCAGCGCAGCUCCACGGGCGUGUCCAACUGUCCCGUCUGCACUGACCGCCCCUGUCAGAAUGGAGGGAUGUGCCAGGACUCGGAGGCCAGUCUGUACAAGUGUAGCUGUCCCAGAGGAUUCACAGGGAGUAACUGUCAGCACCACUCCUCCCUGCACUGCCACCCAGAGGCUUGUGGACCGGACGCCACCUGCAUCAACCGUCAGAACACCCUGGGCUACGACUGUCGAUGCCACCUGGGCAAGUCUGGAAACAAGUGCAUGGACGGUGAAUUGGUGACUACUCCCCUGUUUGACGGUACGGACUCGUACAUUGCAUACCCUCCUCUGACCAACAUCCACAACGACCUGCGCAUCGAGAUGGAGUUCAAACCCAUGGCCCUGGACGGCCUGAUGUUCUUCAGCGUGGGCAAGAAGAUGAAGACAGAGGACUUUGUCUCCCUGGAGAUGGUAGAAGGAUACGUGCAAUUCCGCUAUGAACUGGGGACUGGCCAAGCCGUCCUGCGCAGUCCUGAGCCAAUCACCCUUGGCCAGUGGCACCGCGUGGAAGCCGGGCGCCUCGACAAGGACGGCUCUCUGAAGGUUGACGGUGGCCGGGAGGUCAGGAGGUCGUCACCUGGCAAGGCCCAGGGCCUGAACAUCCACACCCCCAUGUACCUGGGAGGAGUCCCCAACUUGGAGAUCGUACCCAAGACCCUUAACAUCAGUGAUGUGUUUUAUGGAUGCGUUGGAGAGGUGUCCAUCAAUGGUAAGAAGGUGGACCUGUCCUACAGCUUCACAGAGAGCAUGGCCAUCGUCCAGUGUAAGGACAACAGUCCCUGUGACCGCAACCCCUGUCUGAACGGGGCGAGAUGCAUGCCCACUGCUGAGUAUGAAUACCAGUGUCUCUGCAAGGAUGGCUUCGAGGGUGAGCGCUGUGAGGUGGUGAGGGACACCUGCCAGAGCAGUGACCAGUGCCAGAAUGGAGGCAGCUGUGUGAAUGGCCAGUGUGUGUGUCCAGUAGGCUUCAAUGGCCCCAUCUGUGGACAGAGCCAGGUCUCCAGCUUCGCCGAGACCCUGUGGAAUUUGGAGGGUAGCGGGGGGAAUGAUGCCCCCAUUGAGUAUGCCGCUCAUUUCUAUGACAACGGUUACCUUGCUCUUCCCAAGACGAUCUUCCCCAGAAGCGGCCCUGACGCUCCAGAGACCAUCGAGAUGGAGCUCAAGGUCAACACCUCCUCCAAAGAGGGCCUGAUCCUGUGGCAGGGAGUAGAGCCCUUUAAUGGCGCUAGCCAUUUCCGCAGGAUGCAUGCUAGUAAAAAGGUAUCCACCUCACCAAAACACCUGGAGCUUGGAGAUCAAGGAAAGGGCAAGGACUUUAUAAGUCUUGGUCUGCAAAACGGACACUUAGUCUUCAGCUACCAGCUGGGCAGUGGAGAGUCUCAGAUACAGUCCAGAGAGCCCAUCAAUGAUGGCAGAUGGCAUAAGGUCACUGCCGUGAGAACUGGUAAACAGGGAUAUAUUCAGAUAGACGGAGCAGCCAUUCAACGAGGACAAUCACAAGGCAAAAGCAUCAUGGUGAACACCAAAGGCAACGUAUACCUGGGGGGAGCCCCAGAUAUAUCUGCGAUGACGGGGGGGAAGUUCUCCUCGGGGCUCACAGGCUGUGUGAGGAACCUGUCUCUGAUGAACGCCCGGCCGGGAGAUCAGCCAGCCAGACCCAUCGAGCUGCAGGCCGCCGCAGAGAAUGGCAUCAACGUUGGGCGCUGCUCCUCAUAGACCUAUAGCAGCCCCCCCCACACACACACACACACACACCCAGAGACUAUGGAGACAAGAUUCAAUCAGACUCACAGAGAGACUUGCCCAUAUACAUACAUACAGUCAGUUUGAGAAAAAAAAACAUGGUGCUUUGCUGCUACCAAAAACAAAGCUACACAACAAAAUUAUAUUUUGCUCUCUGUGCAUUGAACCAACAAAAAAAAGUGAACAAAUACUAACAAGUCUUCACUUGCUUAGUGCUGUAUUCUCAAUGAAGGACACAGGAGAUCCAGUACAGUUUUCAUACUCCCAGCAGUAGCUUUUAGUCAUGAGAAAGAGUCAAAUGCCAUAGGCCUUCUACAAUGGAUCAGAUCCUAUGGAGUUGGAGAUGUUUUUACAGCACUGAAUUUUUAUUUAUAUACAUAUAUAUAUAUAUAUAUUAUAUAUUUGUGGGGGAAACAUGCAAACUAACCAUAACUGCUCUUUGUCCUAGAGUUGAUUCUGGGUUCUAAUACUGUGUGUCCAGGGCUUUUUUUAAUAGGGCCUAGUUGUGUUAAUACUUGCAGACAUUAAAGCCUUCUUUCUUCACUUCUGUAGGGGAAAUGUAGCGGUGAGCAUGCCUACAGACUUGUUACGCUAUUGGGGGAGGGGUCAUGGCACAAAGCAUCAUCAAGACACAUCUCAGGGGAAGACAGGAUUUUAAAAACAGGCAGAACGCUAUUAGAAGUACUCGUGCUUUUCGAUUCUACCAAAUCGUUUCUGAUCUGUUUCUGAAAUCACUUGCUUUCCCACACCUAGCAUGGUUGCCAUUUUUUGUGUCUGUAAAACAUUUUUACAUUUUUUUUUUUACUUGGUGCUAUUAAGUUAGACAUGGAAAUACAGCCCACUAGCAGUUAUUUGUCUGUCUAGUACAUGUGUUUCUUCAUUUCUACAUUUGAAAGAAUAUCAGUGUAAAACACAUGCUACACGUGCCUACUUUCUUUCACCUCUCCUGAGGUUGGGGAGGUUGUGGUCUUCUCCAGAUAUGCAUGAGAUCUGAGGUUUGUUUUAGUAUAAGCUGAAAUCGUCAUCGUUUACGUGUCUCCACCGACGUCCCAUUUGAUUGAGUAGAUCUCAAAAGACGUCAAGGUGUUUUAAAGAAUGAAUGGCGAUUUGUAUUGUGUUUUUUUAUUAUGAGUGGUUCUGAGAAUUCUAAGACAUUUUGUGAUUUUACUUCUGCAGUCAGCCAUGUGGCAACUAUCUGCCAGUCAGGUAAAAUAUCAGUUUAGUCUGAGUGUGUGUGAGUGGCUACAUGUGUACUUAUAAGUUCAGUAUGCAUGUGUUGCC